AUGCUUGCUUGCCGCUGGGGGGCCCCCCGGGGGCCCCCCUUAAGGCACAUUGGGGGGCCCCCCAGGGGGCCCCAAGUGCAUGCAGGGGCCCCUUGGCUUUGCUGCAGCUCAUCGAGAGCAUUCUGCUCCCACCAGCAGCAGCAACAGCGACAGCAGCAGCAGCAGCAGCAGCAACAGCAGCAGCAGCAGCAGCAGCCAGCGUUUGGGCGGCGGCGUUUGUCCAUUAGAGACAUUCGAAGCGUUCCUUUACCUCCCCCCCAAUUCAUUUCUUCCUUUUGCAAAAAGGGGGGCCCCCCGGGGGCCCCCCCGGGGGCCCCCCCGGGGGCCCCCCUGGGGCCCCCCCUGGGGGCCCCCCAAGAAGACCCCAGAGGGGCCCCCCCUAGACCCUUUGAGGGGGCCCUUCCUUCUACUUGGAGCGAAGUGCUGGCUGGGGGCCUCCCGGGGGCCCAGGGUACGGAAAAAGGCCCCAGGGCCCCCGGGGCCCCCGGGGGCCCCGGGGCCCCCGGGGGCCCCUGGGGCCUCGGGAGCUCUGGGGGCCCCGGGGGCCCCUGGGGCCCCGGGGGCCCCGGGGGCCCCUGGGGCCCCGGGGGCCCCUGUGGGGGGGAAAAGUUUGCAAAGAAAGUGGGGGCCCCCGGGGGCCCCCACUUGGAGUUGCAUUUGAGUUCUGUGGGGUUUGUGGAGGAGCGGGAGUGGGGUUUGGACGAGGUGUACAUACACCCGGCGCUUGCGGGGGCAGUCGAGGGUUUAGGGUUUAGGGUUUUGAAACCCUCGGCGGCGAGUGCCUUCUUUAUGGUUUCGAGGGGUCGGGAUUUGCUGCUGCUGCAGCAGCACAAAAGGGAGAAGACUCUUGCUGCGCUGCUGCCCAUUUUGAACAGGCUUUACCUCGCCCACGACCUGCUGCAGCACAUGCAGCAGCAGCAGCAGCAGCAGCAGCAGCAGCAGCAGCAGCAGGCGGCGAGGGGCCGGGGCGCCGGCGGGGAGGCGCCGGGAGCAGCAGCAGCAGCAGCAGCAGCAGCGGGAGCUGCGGCGGCGACCGCAGCAG